GGAUGGGCAGGAAGAGAGAUGAAAAAAAUAAUGUUUCUCAUGAGGACAGAAAAAGCCCUAGGAUUUUCCAUUACUCCACCCCCUGAGAGCUUAGUUUAAAUCUACCACUUCUUCUGAAUAACAGCAGAACAGUUUCAUGUCAAGAAGCAAACAUGGCCCAGAAGUCCAAAGUUAUUGAAUACAUUGAUGAAGCUUUGGAAAAAUCUAAAGAAACUGCCCUUUCUCGUCUACUUUUCUCCUAUGAAGGAAUCACUUAUCCAAUCACCAUAUGCACUACAGAAACUUUCCAAGCAUUGGACCACUUUGAAGCCAGAAGAGAGGACAUAGUGCUGGCAUCCUAUCCCAAGUGUGGAUCAAACUGGCUUCUCCAGAUCUUUAGUGAAAUAAUCUGUACCAUCUCCCCACAAAAGUAUGAACAUCCAGAAUUUCCAGUUCUUGAAUGUGGAGACCCAGAAAAAUAUCAGAGAAUGAAACAAUUCCCAUCUCCAAGGAUUUUGGCAACACAUCUCCAUUAUGACAAACUGCCCAAGUCUAUCUUCACAAAUAAAGCCAAGAUUUUGGUGAUGUUUAGAAAUCCAAAAGAUACAGCAACAUCUUUUUUUCAUUUCCACAAUGAUGUUCCUGAUAUUCCAAGCUUUGGCUCUUGGGAUGAUUUCUUCAGCUAUUUCAUGAAAGGACAAGUUUCUUGGGGAAGCUACUUUGACUAUGCAAUCAAUUGGAACAAACACCUUGAUGAUGAAAACAUUCUGUUUCUACUAUAUGAAGACCUGAGAGAGAAUCUGGCCGCGGGAGUGAAACAAAUGGCAGAAUUCUUUGGAUUCUCUCUGACAGGGGAGCAGAUUCAGGCCAUUUCAGAUCGGACCACCUUUCAAGCAAUGAGAGCAAAGUCUCAGGAAACACAUGGUCCAAUUGGGCCAUUUCUUUUUCGAAAAGGAGAAGUUGGAGACUGGAAAAAUCUGUUCAGUGAAACACAGAGUCAAGAAAUGGAUGAAAAAUUUAAUGAAUGUUUAGCAGGCACUCCACUGGGAGUAAAGCUGAAGUAUGAUAUACAUUGUAAAGCUUAACUUUAGUUAUAUUUAUUGGGUCAGAUGAAUUUUUUUCCCUUUUCUUUUUUAAUGUUACAAAAAAUAAACCCAAUGGAAAUUUGUAAAUGUUACUGAGAAAAUACACAUUUCAGAUAUACUCUUUUGUACUACUACUACUUUUGGUAAAAACUAGCUGGCCAUCUCAGGCUUCUCCUCCUGAAAUAACAUAGAGAGAUCAUUAUAAUUUAGGAUCUGGUCAUUAUUUUUUACAAGUUCAGAAAUUUGAAUUUAGCGCUUUACCUAAUGAUAAUCAGGUUCUGUAAAACUGACUCACUUUUAAGUUUAUUAGAUACUGAUGUCGAUGUACCCAUUUAUAACAGAAGCUAUCUCUUUGACCUCCAUCCAGAUAGCUUCUUCCUGAUAUCAAUAAUAAUAGCUUACAUUUCACUUUAUGGAUUGUAUAUCCUACCAAUCUAACCCAUCAAAUGUUUUAUAAAAAUUUAUUCUCAAGGACCUUGCAUUCUUUCUAGUCUACAAAUAAUACUUUGAGGAAGGAGGAAGUAUGAAUGAUAUAGGGGUUUAGAAAAGGUUUCCUCUCGGAAAUGGCACACGGAUUAGUCUUAAAGGAAGCCAAGGAUUCUGAGGCAGCAAUGAGGAGAACUCUCUCCUAAUAUAUUGUAGGCAAGAGGGAUGGCCUUUGCAGACACAAAGCUGAAAGAUAGAAGUUAUGUAGAAAGUAGACCAAUUUAUCUGGAACAGUCAUCUCUUCCUCAAUGACUGUCUUGCCAUGGCCCCUUUCUCCUUUUUUUCCCACCACCCCAUCAAGUUCUAGAACCAUGAACCAUGAUCAAAUCAACUCUGCUUCUGAGCAGACAUAUCAAUCAAAAUACUCUAUGGCCUCAUACCUCAUCCUUGUAACUUCCAGGAUCAGAGUGCUCCUUUUUAGCCACCACUCUUCUUUGUGCCCUAAGAGGAAGUCAAAGAGAUCAAAAGAAAGAUGGUGGCCACUGGCCUCCUGUGCUUACAAUAUCCCUUCAAGGUUGCUUUGCUCCACUGGGCCUGUGUGCUCCCAGCCUCCUGACCUUGUCUUCUGCUCUUUCCCUGCCUGCCACAGCCUCGAGUUGCUCUCCCUUUUCUUCUGCCUCCCAUCAAACUUUGGCACUCUCCCAGUUAAGUUUAGGGUUCAAAAUGCAAAGUUAAAAUUAGUUUAGCAGCAAGGGAAAAGGCUAGUCCACCAGAACUGACAUUAGGGCCUGGGACUGGAAUUAGAAUUGGGUUAGGGUUAGGAUUAGAGAAGAAAAUGUCUCUAGAGAAGUUUACCAAAAAAUAAAUAAAUUUUAGGGCAUCAAUGGAGCUGUCCAGCUGCAGUUACUUACCAAAAACUUAUCUCCCCACUCCUCCUUCUCAGUAACUAGACUUUCCUCUUGCUUGGACAGAAUGAAAGGAAACCACUCACCUAGGAUGGGUCUCUCUCAGUUUCAGGCUACUAAGCUACAAGGGCAAAGCAGUGCCCCAGGUCCAAGUCUCUGCUUCAUUGACCACACUGGACAACCAUGCUGGGCAGCAAUUGCUACUGGUAAUAGCAAGAGGAGAAUAAGAGAAAGGAGGAUGAAAUAAGGCCCCUAGAAAAUCACAUGCCAGUGCCCUAGAGGGCCUCCAUCUUAUGUCAUAAUACUCCACCAGCCUCUACCUCUCCAAGUGACACUUUCCUUAUAGGGAGAACUAAUAUGGCCACCUUAGAAUCCUUUUUCUUCAGGGGAAAUCUGAAAUUUUAGGGCUCUGGUCAGUCUUAGGUUUGGCAGGAGAAAUCCAGGUUCUCGUAUUCAUUCACAAAGCUGAGAUCUACCACGACUGGAGAAUUAGAAUUAGGGUUAAGAACAAAAACAAAAGAAAUCGCAUUAGGUAUUAAUUAGGACUGCCUUCUGGAACCACCUUAGUAAACUGCCCUUUGCUGAGCAGGAAUGAAGGAAGGAUGGAGACAGAAAGGAAGUAGAGAAAGAGGAAGGAAGGAAGAAAAGAGGGAAGAAGGUAGCAAAAAAAUAAUGAGUGAAAAAGAAAAUAUUAAUCGAAAAUAUAAGGAUAAAAAAGGAUUUCUAAUUCUAAGGGAUUCUAAUUCUAGCCAAAUAAAACUCCCUAGUUCCGCAAGGAAUUGCUUCUCUUGUUUCCACAGGCUACCUUGAUCCUUCCUGAUCUGACUAACCCAAAUUUUCCCUAUUCUUCAAUAAACUAACACUAUUAUCCUUAUAAGAAGUAUAUAAUUCUUAACUUUGUCUCCAAGUUAUAAAAAUAACAAAGGCUAGCUGGCAGAGCCUCAAUAAGAACCAAUUUAGGACUCUGAACCUUAGCAGACUCAGAGUCCAAACCAAAGACCAGGGUUUUCUUUGGUCUUCUCAGAGUUAAAACAAUCUAUAAAAAUAGCAAUAGAUAGUCACAAGUGUUUCCCCAAGUUGGAAAAAGAAAACACUAAGCUCUUUCAGGUCUUUCCCUCCUUUCCUUCUCCCUCAGACAGAAAGAGAGAGAGAAACACACACACACACACACACACACACACACACACACAGAUAGAGAGUGAGUGACUCUGCCAACUGCCAGAGACCAACUGACCACACCCAGAAAGCAACUGUCACAGAAAAACUGUUAGACUUAAAACUGAUACUGUCUCAGCUCUGUUUGAAAUUCCAAUUCUUUCUCAAGCCAACUUCUCUACUUCUUACCUCAAAACUAAUAUAACAAUAGUUAAUUUCUAUUAUCAUCCUUAUAGUAGGAAGGGAAGAAAGGAGGGAAGGGAAGGAGGGAAGAAAGGAAAAAAUAAAGGAUAGAAAGAAGGGAAACCUCAUCUGCCCACUAGAUAAUAUUAAUGCCCUCUCUCCCAAAUCCUGUCCUUUUUCUCCCCUUAAGGCAAAUAGCACAAGGUCUAGACAUGUAACAGAGCUGCCUUUUUACUGCUACUGCUGCCGCUACUGACCACUUAAUGAGAUCACAUUUUGAUGGAGAGGAAAGACUCCCAAACUGCAAGUAUAGGCCUAGGGCAGCCAGGGUACUCUGUAGAUUCCAUCCAUCUAUCCAACUGGGUAGGAAUUCAUGGAAGCAUGAAGCCAGUCAGCCAGAAUCCUGCAGUACAUUCUUUGCCUGUUUCAUUCGCUUUGCAGACCUAGCCAGGAUAUUAGAAGAUAUCUGACCCUUUGUGUUCUCAACCCUGCUGGUCAAUCAGCGUUGGGGGAGGGGUGUCAUUUGGUCUGUGAUGUAGGCAAGACACAUCUCACUUCUGGGCAAAGUAUCAUGUAGUCAGGAGAGAAAGUGAAUUGCAUGGAUGGAGUUUCUCUUUGCUGAUGGAAAC